AUGUACUGCUCUAACAAGACCCAGAAACGUCCAGCUCCCACCAACCAGCCAAGUGAACCGCCAAAGAAAGGAGCAUCCUAUGAGCUGGCCGCUAGAAAGAACAGUAUAUAUGCUUCAAUUACUAAAGACGAGUUUGAGAAGCUGGACACGACCUUGAUGGACGUGGUCAGUACGACUCACAUCUUUCAAGAGGCACACAAUGAUACUCUGACAUUUUCGGGUCGGGAUGCAGCCAUUAAUGCGGGGAAUUCCUUCGGCUUGACGGAUGAAGAAACCCUGGCAGUAAUGAUCUAUACUACAAAUUAUGUAUACACAGAAUUCAACAGAAUACUGAGAGAGGGUGACAUCGCCAAAUACGACCAGUCAUUCCAGGUCUUUCAUUACCUCCUUAUUAACGCCAUUGAGAAGAUACGUCUGAAGCAAACUCUUCCGGAAUACCUGUAUAGGGGUGACGAGAAGAUAUAUUCCAUCGAAUACGUAACCGAUAUGCGUUUCCCUGGAUACACAUCGACCUCAUCUGAUGAAUCUGUAGCCAAAGAAUUCCGCGGAAGCACGGGCACUCUCAUUCACUUGGAGGGAGUUAAGUUAGGCGCUGAUAUUGCCAGCCUUUCGGUAGUUCCUUCGGAGGCAGAAGUCUUGAUCCCCCCCUAUGAACGUUUCAAAGUCACCAACGUUGACAGGGACGACAAAGGCCCACUCUUCUACCUGGAGAGUAUUGGGGAGAUGUGCGGAGGUCGUCGACGACGAUCCACGGGAGGGCCGUGCCGAUGCUGUAGACAGCCGUUAGACGUAAUCCGUGAAGCCACGAGUGGAUGCGUCCGGCAACAGAUGAAGUGGAACGUUGUCUACUUCUGUUUAGUGGUGUAUGUCGUUGUUAGAUAUUGA